GUCGAAACAAGCAGAGCUGUGUAUCGAUAUACGAAUACCUUUAAUAUUCCUCACCUAAUAGUUAUAUAUCGUUUAUUAAACAAUUUAACAGUUUUUCGUUUUUUGGAAAGAUGAAGGAAGGUUUCAUUACAAUUUGUGGCGUACCAACUCAUAUAACUACUUGGGGACGAUGGAUCGAAGAGGAUUUGGUUGAUGUACCGGAGAUAGUAUUAUGUAUUCCAGGCAACCCCGGUUUAGUCGGCUUUUAUACCGAAUUCCUUCACUUGUUAUACCAGCAAUUGCAACAGAAAAUUCCGGUUUGGAUUAUUGGUCACUUGGGUCAUGAAGAAUCAUCGGAAAAUAGUGAAACGGAAGUGCCCUGCCUGAAAGGAAAUGAAAAAGUAUUUGAUUUAGAUGGCCAGUUACAGCAUAAAAGUGAAUUUAUUCAACGAUUCGUUCCGGCUAACACCAAAAUUCAUUUAAUAGGUCACUCAAUUGGGGCGUGGAUGGUUAUACAAUUACUGGAACAUCAACUUGUCCGAGAAAGGGUAACCAAAUGUUACCUGCUUUUUCCAACAAUAGAACGUAUGGUUGAUUCUUCAAAUGGAUGGAAUUUUACAAAAAUUGGUGUACCUAUCUACAAUAUUUUGGGUUUUGCUAUUCCGCUAUUCAACCGUUUACCAAAAUUUCUUCAGAGUCUUGGCGUAAAAGUAUAUUUCUGGCUCUUAAACAUUCCAAAAACGUUUAUUGAUACAGCUUUAGAAUAUUCAAAAGCUCCUGUGAUGGAAAAAGUAGUAUUUUUAGCUAAGGAUGAAAUGGCUCGCGUACGUAAUUUAGAUUGCAAUUUAAUUGAAAAGCAUUUGCCCUUGUUGAAGCUAUAUUAUGGAACUACAGACGGUUGGGUGCCGGUUGAAUAUUAUAAUGAUUUGUGCUCGAAAUUCCCACAUAUUGACGCCGAGCUGGACAAAGAGCAAAUAGAUCAUGCAUUUGUUUUGAGAAAUUCAGGAAAUAUGGCUCGAAUCGUAAGCAGAAUGAUUUCUAAAUAUUCCAAUUCUCUUAAAUGAAAUAGUGAAUGAGUACCAAAUUUACUUCAAUCCAUAUUUACAUAUGGAUGUAUGUGCCGCCAUUGAUCUUUGCCACAUGAACAUAAAAUGCUAUAAAUCUUAUCGAAGUAAUAAUUAAUAGAAUUAUAGACAUGAAAUUUAAAUUAUGUAUCAUUAUUCAUUUGGGAAUAUGUACUCAAUUUUCAUUCUUUAUUAAAGGUAUUGUAUUGAAACAAAUACAUUAAAUAUAA